GGUCACUUCCCAACUAACCGGGGUGAAUAUGAAUGUCCGAAAUGCAAGGCCGAAUGACUUAUUGAAUAUGAGGGACUGCAACCUAGACUGUUUGCCUGAAAAUUACCAGAUGAAAUAUUACUUUUAUCACGGCCUAUCUUGGCCCCAACUCUCCUACGUUGCAGAAACUGAUAAUGGAGAGAUAGUUGGCUAUGUCUUGGCUAAAAUGGAAGAAGACCCAGAGGAUGUUCCAUAUGGACACAUUACAUCUCUGGCUGUUAAACGGCCAUACCGACGUCUGGGUAUUGCUCAAACCCUAAUGAAUCUUGCAUCACGAGCCAUGGUAGAGAACUUUCACGCCAGAUAUGUCUCUUUGCACGUUCGGAAAAGCAACAGAGCUGCGCUGACGUUAUACAAGAAGACACUACAAUUUGUAGUUUCAGAUAUCGAACCUAAAUAUUAUGCGGACGGUGAGGAUGCUUAUGCUAUGAAGAGAGAUCUUAAAACAUUGUGGGAUAAGUACGGCCCUGCUGAUGUUCCUUUUAAAGAAACAAAGGGGAAAAAUGCUCAAUAA